CUUUACCGUGUAUCACACAACACUCCAACUUUCCAAGUUUAAGCCAAGUCAAACCCAAUCAAAGCAAUCCAUGUGCUAAACUGUCCCCCUCAUAGACCGAUAAGAGAAAACAUUUUCCCUCAGUUUCCGUCCCAUUUUCCCACGCUUUCCCGAGAAACAAUAAGAAAACAAAAUAAAAGCAAACAAAAAUCAAACACCCAUCUCAUCUCUCAUCGAUGGCAGAUUGGUCCCAACUCCCCAAAGAUCUUCUAGACUUAAUCGCCAAACACCUCGACAGCCCAUUCUACCAACUCAACAAACUCCGUUUACGAUCCGUCUGCUCCUCAUGGCGGUCCUCCAUUUCCGACCACCGUCCACGCCGCAGCCGCUUGCCUUUCCUCCCAAACGACGGAUUCAUCACCACUCACCAAUCCACCUUCGCUUUCCACCUAUCCAAACGCACCAUAUUCCUCAUCACCCUCCCCACCGAUAACAGCAAUUCAUGGCUCAUCAAAACCGAAGAAUACCACCCAAGUCAAAUGCAAUUGAUAAACCCACUUUCGAGUACCCAGAUCAAGUCUCUGCCUUUGGAUUCCCCAAAGGUGAUAAAUUUGCUGAAUUUCAGAAUUUUGGAACUGGGUCAUGAAUAUGUUCUCCAUUACAUGAAUUUUAAGCCUUUUGGUAACUCAUCUUUAGGAGACGUGUCGAGUUUGUACAUGGAAAAGGUUGUUUACAUUCGUUUAGGUUCCGAAAACGAAACUGAUGAUUUUGCAUUGCUUACAAUUCAUGUGUCUGGGAAAUUGGCUAUGUUCAAGUCUGGUAAUAAAAACUGGUGUAUAAUUGCUGAUAUGCCUUUGGUUCAUGAUGUGCUUUCGCCAUACGAUGAUGUUGCUUUGUUUAGAGGCGAGUUUUAUGCUGUUGAUAAUACUGGGAGGACUGUUCUUGUUGGGUUGUCGUCGAAUUUGAGUUUGGUUGCAGGGUCUGUGUUUGGUGGUGAUAAGAAGUUUUUGGUUGAGUCUGUUGGUCAAUUGUUGUUGGUUGAUAUGUAUUUGAGUGCAGUGUUUGAUGACGUGGAUGGUGGUGCUGAGGAUGUUGAUGAGGCUUUUUUAGAUGGGAUUAUGGGGGAGAGGACAGUGAGGUUUAAGGUUUUCGGGUUGGAUUGGGAGGGGAAGAAGUGGGUGGAGGUGAAGAGUUUGGGGGAUCGGGUGCUGUUUUUGGGAGACAAUUGCACAUUUUCCGCCCCGGCUUCAGUAUUGUCAGGUUGUAGAGGGAAUUGCAUAUUUUUCACAGGUAACUUCAAUAGGAACUGCGAAGAAGGUGGUAGCAGUGAUGGGGUUUUCAGGAAUAGGGAAAUAGGUGUAUGUGAUUUAGAUAAUGGAAGUAUUAAACCUUUGGGGGAUUAUCCAGAAUAUUCGAAGCUGUUUUGGCCUCCUCCUGCUUGGGUUGCAUCAACAACGUUGGGAGUGCAAAAUGAAUUUGAAGAACUGCGCUUGUAAAGUGAAGAUUAUUUUCUUGGUUCUGUGGCCCUAUGAGAUUGUAGUGAAAGUGCCAGGUGGGUCAAGCAAGAAGAGGAACUUGAUCUUCUGAGAUGGUUUUGUGGGGGAUACAAUCACAGAUGGAGUAGUAUAGUAGGCAAGAGAGUGCUCAAAUCUAAUGGAUCCUAAAGAUAUCUUGACCAACAGAGUUCAAAUUUGGAAGAUAUAUACUCGCACCAUGUGGUGUGCCUGGUUCACGAAUUUCUUUCAAUGAUGUAUAGUUACAGUUAAAAUAUUAUAGCUGCUUUUGCUUUUGAUAAUGAGCUGUUGCAGUUGGAAGAAGACCAGGAAAAAAAAAAGAAAGAAAUAAGAGAAAUUUAAUUCAUUUAGUGCUC